AUGGGUUUAAGGUCCCUUAAACAGAAACUUGCUAAACGGCUGUCCGUUUCCGGCCACGGCCACUCAAAUUCAGCCUCGGGCCCUUCGACAUCGACCUCACCUUCUUCAGCUCGAGAUACUUCUAGUAUUCUCCCACCGGCAUACGAAGAUGUUCCGAUUUUUGCCAAUCCGGCGCCACCCGAGCGAAUUCCGUUUCUUCCGUAUGAAAUAAUUACUGAUAUAAUAUACUGGGCUAUAACCCCCGCUUUCGAUGAAUACCGUCAACAUGAGUCCGCCAUCCACGUUCAGACAUUGCACCAUCUUGCCGCCGUUUCCCCAGCUUUUCUUUCAAUCGUCCGCCGAAUAUGUCGAGAAGCUCCCGAAAUCCCUCCAGCCCACCGCAGUGUCCCCUGUCGAGGUGCCCACCACGGUUCGGUGUGUACGUUUGAAACUGCAGCAGCAUGGAUGCCAAUUUCUGUGCUAGCCGGGAUAUUCCAACUCAACAUCUUCGAUAAAGACCGAAAACAUGGGAAAACGAUAGCUAGAGUCCAAGGAUUCCAGCCAAAUCUUACGGCCCUAAUAUUUUUAUUAUGGAAUCGACAAGCUAUGGAACGGGUGGAAGGUGUGCCUCGGCGUAACAUAUAUCUCCCUUAUCCGAUUUCAUUCGCGACUCAUAACCACCAUAGAAGUAUCAACAAGUUCAAUAUUGUGUUAAAAGCAUUAGCGAACUGCCGAAAUUUGAAGUUUUGCUAUGUAAGGCUAUCGGUGCCGGCUUUGUAUUGUAGCGCUCAGCAUCUAUUGGAGGCCAUUAGGACUAUUGCCCCAACGAGGUAUUUGGAGGUCAAUAUGCAUAUCCUCGGGUGGGGUGGAGGGGAAGAACACCCCGCCUUCCCCGGUUUUUGUGCGAAAUUGCCAUUGGAAAUACUGAAGGCUGGACUGGCGAGGGGUGCUAGUAGAGUCGAUAUUCAUGAUUUCAGAUUGGAUGAUAGACCUGUGAAUGAGAGGUCGAAGGAGCUGCCGUGCCCGGGCAGUAUGGUGCAUUUCAUACGUUCUCGCCCAAUACCGGAUGGGGUUGUUACUCUACCAAACGGUGGGGGAGUAUUCGCACAGCUAGUUAUCAAGGGAGACUUGGACUUUUCAGUGGGCCUGUCGGCUGCUACAGGGGACAGCGGGAGGAUCGCGACCAGAGGUCUGUUGAAAAGCAUGGCGGGGAACAAGGUCGUCGUCAACCCGUUUAUGUAUUAUUUGACGGCCGUGAGGGAUGGGCAAUUUGAGUGGAUAGGAGACGGGGAGAAGUUUACGACGAAUCAUUUUCGGGAGCUUUCUCUUCGGGACGACCUUGGAACGGUGGACGGGAGAAUGAUUGAAGAGGAGUGGAUACUAUUGAGGCAGAAGCAGAAGCAGAAGCAGAAGCAGGAGCAGGAGCAGGAGCAGGAGCAGGAGCAGGAGCAGGAGCAGUGCAGUGCAGUGCAGUGA